UGACGUCUCCGCGCUCGUGGGUCGCGCCGGAUGAGACGGGGUUUGGGCAGUUGGCUCGUUAGGCGGCGCUUCCUGGGGGCGAGGGCGCCAUGGCGCUGCUCUGGUUGCAGCGCGUCGAGCUCCUGCUCUUUGCUGCUACUUUCCUGUGCGGAGCCGUGGCGGCCGUGGCGCUGACCCGGACCCAGGGCUCCUUCAGGGGCAGCUGUCCCCUGUAUGGUGUGGCCACCCUGAAUGACUCCUCCUUGGCCCUGUCCCGACCCUCGGCCCCAUCCCUCUGCUACUUUGUGGCUGGGGCUUCUGGCCUACUGGCCCUCUACUGUCUCCUGCUUCUGCUCUUCUGGGUCUACUGCAGCUGCAUCGAGAACUCCCACAGAGGCCCGACAGGGCUCUGCAUUGUAUUGGCCAUCUCAGCUGUAGCCAUCUUCCUGGUUUUAGUGUCUGCCUGUAUCCUCCGAUUUGGCACCAGUUCCCUCUGCAAAUCCAUCGUCUCUCUGAACAUAACUAGCUGCUCUGAUGCUCAGAGAACUCCAUGGAUACCCCCUGGAACCGCUCUGCAGUUUUACUCCAACCUACACAAUGCUGAAACCUCCUCUUGGGUGAAUCUGGUAUUGUGGUGUAUGAUCUUGGUGCUCCAAGUCGUGCAGCAGAAGUCUGAAGCCACCCCAAACUGGCCUCUGGAGAGGGGUGACCCUGAGUGGAGGUCUGAGGCAGAUGUUCUUGUUGGGCCCCGCCUUUCCCAUUCCUGAAGACUACCCAAAGUAUUUCCUGCAGCCAAAGACUCCAUGCCCAAGUGCCUGCAAAAAUCCUCUUGCCCCCACAUGGCCCUGUUUAUGCCAGGAGCCUUAGUUUUCCCUCUAGGAGGGAGGCAGGAUGAGAGGCACUCUCUUCCUCUAGCUGUUUUUGUACCAAAAUAUCGUAUUAUUUUCUUCCUUCA